UCCUAACCUUAACAUGAUAAAGUUUCAAUAGCAUGUUGACAUUUUAACAAUGGGUGUUUUAUAUGAUUAAUUUCGUUGAAUUUGGAUCUAAAAUAUAUUAAAUUUGAAAUAAUGCACACGAAAAUAAUUAUUCUCUAAUUUUCUAUAUCAUUACAUUCAAAAUUUUUAAUUGUGGUUAUAAAUAUAAAGUAGCAGAUAAAUAAUAAAAGGCAAUUUGUAUGAAAAUUUAGAAAUGCUUACCAUCAAGUUUAUUCGUAAUGUAAUUAAGACUAUACCUCGAACAUUCAGUACAACUUUAAUUAGAAAAACAGAGGAAGAGUUUUCAGAAAAAUAUAUUGAAGAUGUUCUUGAAUCUGACAAUGAAUAUAAUGAAGUGGUCGACAAUAUUCUGCAUUUGAAAGAUAUUCAUAGUUGCCUCAUAAUUCAACCUUACGUUAAAUGGGGCCCAAGAAAACUUACAAUUACACCAGAAGAACAACUAGAAGAAGCAGUGUCUUUAAUACAAACACUACCUUCCUGGAAAGUAGUAGACACAAUGAAAAUACCGUUAGAAUCAUUGGAUAAUAAGUCUUUAUUCAAAACUGGCAAUAUGGAAAAGCUUAGUAGUAUAAUUGUUUCUAAUCCAGAAAUAUCGGCUGUAUUUAUAAAUGCUAGUAACUUGAAACGAGUAACUUCAGACAUCUUACAAGAAAACUUUAGAAUACCGAUAUUAGACAGGUAUAAAAUAGUUAUGCAAAUUUUGAAAAUGCAUGCUACAAGUAAAUAUGCUAAGUUACAAGUGGCCCUAGCUGAACUUCAUUUUGUUAGACGCAAAUCACAAAAUGACUUUUUUCACACGCAUGAUACUGAAGUAUUGAAGCUAAUGUUUCAAAAUAGAGAACAGAAGAUCAAAAAAGCCUUACAAGAACUUCGUAAUCAAAGAAUGCUUUUAAGAAGUAAUAGAAGAAAACUUGAUUACCCUGUUAUUGCUGUUGUAGGGUAUACAAAUGCUGGUAAAACUUGUCUUAUAAAAGCCCUAACUGGAGAAAAAUCUUUGCAACCGAAAAAUCAACUUUUUGCUACUUUAGACGUUACUGUUCAUGCUGGAAUUUUACCUUCAGGUCUGGAAGUCCUCUAUGUAGAUACUGUUGGCUUUUUAUCAGACAUACCAACCAAUCUUAUUGAAUGUUUUAUUGCUACUUUUGAAGAUGCAAUUUUAGCUGAUGUUAUUUUACAUGUGGAAGACAUUUCUAGCUCUUGUUUCGAGUACAAAAGGAACCAUGUGCUAACUACUUUGAAAGAUUUAGCAAAAAAAUCAGGGAAUAAAGACAUAAUGAAUAAAAUAAUGAGUGUUGGAAACAAAAGAGAUUUAGUUGAAGUUAAUAUUUCAAAUAGUUUACCAAUUUCUGCUAAACUGGGGACAGGUUUAGAAGAAUUGAGAUUUAAACUUGAAGAGACUGUUCUGCAAGCAACAGCAAGAAAUGUUAUGACUAUCAAAGUACCUAGUGGAGGAAAUGAAAUGAGAUGGUUAUACAAAAACUCUACUGUAGUAACUGAAAUACCUGAUGAAAACAACCUGCAAAUUACAAAAGCCAAAGUAAUUAUUACAGAUGCUAAUUUAAGCAAAUUUAAACAUUAUUUUUUAAAAAAUAAAAGACUUUGAAGAAA